AUGUUAUUAAAUUUCAAGCAGAUACUAGUUAUUACUAGUUGUAUACUCUUCAUUUCAAACAGUUGCUGUUUUCCUAGUUAUAGAAGGGCCCUUUCGCUUACUAAAUUAGAGAAAUCAGAUAUUGGCAAUGACUUCUUUGGAAGGAACUCUGAUACUGAUGAAAAGAAAUCAAAUACAAAGAUUAUAAAUGUCAAAAAUAAACAAGAAAUGAUUGACAACUAUGGCCACAUCUUGAAUAGUGAAAAAUAUAUAGAUGUGGUUUUCUUUAUAAAAGAUACAAACACUUUUAUGUCUCCGGUUAUUCCUGAAUUAUUAACAAAGAAGGCUGAAGUUUCAGAACAAUUAAAGACUCAUCAAGCUCGUCGUCCUAAAUUCAAGCUUCCAUACAAGAAGCUGGCAAAGAAAGUAUCUCAAGGACGGACAGAGUGGACCGAAUUCGCUUAUGAUAAUGAAAAUAAAGUAGAAUACCCAGGUUACAUACCUGUUAGUUCUUGCCAAUCUCAAGAAUAUGGAAAUCUGGGAUCUAUAACCUUCGCCUACAGUCUCACUACCUCCAAAUCGGUUUCUCAUACCUUAGAAGAGAAUCUCGGCGUGACUGUUUCUGUUUUUACCUUUUCAGUUGCAGCUAGCCUUGGUAUUUCUAUAACUAAAAGUAAGUCUAUUAGCGGCUCGACACAGUGCACAAUUAACAAAGGUAAUAUUGGCCAAGUACUUUUGAAACCUAAAUAUUUGUCUUGCUAUCCAAAAAGCAGAAGAGCAAAGUGGGAUAAAACAAAACAAAAAUUUUUGACUGACUCUGAUUUCGAAAGAUAUGAAGAGAUUCAUAUUCUUUUGCAGAAUGAGACUUAUGAAAUUGAAUGUGCAACUAAUGAUGUGGUUGAUUUAUUUUGCGACUGCGAAUUAGGAAAACCAGAUUGGGAUAGUCCAUUAGGAAUAGAUUACGACUCUAAAAUUAGUAAAAAUCUGACCUUAACGUCUGAGAAUCUGAGAUCUUUUUUUGUUCUGUCUUCUAUCUAA